AUGGGAAAGGAAACCCUGAGUAAUGUGGGAACCCCCAAAAAAAAACAGAAGCUGGACGAGGAGUUGCUCGAAAUAAUUAUUUAUAACAUAUUAUCGCUAACCAUUGUCAACGGCGAAUUAAGUAAAACCCCCGCGAAAAAUAAAGUAAUCGAUUCAAUCAUUGUAAAAAAUGUCGAUUAUAUUAUGAACAACUGUUUUUCCCUCUCCUUGGGGAACAUUCAAAAAUUGCUUUUCGUGAUCGAUUUGAUAUUGAACGAUGAGGGUGUGUACUACGAGUUUGGCAAAGUCCGCCAAAGGGAAAAUGCGGGAACUGCGAAAAAUGCGGAAAUUCUGAAAAUCGAGGAAGCGCCGAUCUGCAACAGUAGCACAGUGGGCGCUGCCGGGGUGGGCACCAUGGAGAGCCGCAUCGCACGUGUCCCUGCAAACGAUGGCGAGAGCAGCAAAGCCCAUUUCGAUAGAAUGAAAAAGCGCGCAAGGAGAGAGGAGCGGAUGAACAGAGCCGACGCUACACGCUUUACCGAUAAAUAUAGCCUGAACAAUUAUAUUAAGGACAUUUUCCUGUACAUAGAAGAAAAAAACAUCUAUCUGAGUUUAUUUCAUUUUAAUUAUAUAUUUAAAAAUAGCGCAGAUUACCAGCAGUUUUUUCUGCGAAGGUAUCAAAGUUACACGUUCGAGACGUUCUCCAGGGAGGUUAUCACGUUAGCAGGGGGCGGAAAUGGGUCCAAGCGGCGAGCAGGGAAGCGCACCCGCAACAGCGGUCAUUCUGCCAGCAAACGGAUGAGCGGUGGACUAAACAGAAGCGUGCGCGGAAACACAAAAGGGAUCGCUAAUUUGUUAUAUAUUAAAAAAAAGAAGUACACAAAUUUGUACGAUGCUGUAAUGAAAUAUCACAAGGAAAAUUUCAAUUUGUUGGGAAAAGCGGAUAAUGGUGACGGAGCAUCGACCUCUUCUUCGCCCUCUUCUUCGCCCUCUUCUUCCUCCUCCGUAGUGGAGUACGCAAGCUCCGUCUCAGAGUCCAGCAACGGUACAACCACAACGCGUGGUGCAAAAUGGCCUAAUGGAGCAACAUUCAUCCCCGACAUUGCUAAGAAGGCGAACGAUGCAAACGAGGCAAAUGCUCAAAAUAAGGAGAGUUAUAAACGCACGGACGAAGCGGAGGGGAAACACACGGAGUACGUUCCAUAUGACCUUGUAAGCAGAGAAAAAAUAAAAAAAUUAUAUAAAUAUAAAAAGCACAAGUGCAAACUGAUUGAGAGCAACAAUUUUGUAAAUAAAAAAUCGUACAUCCCUAUUAAUUUAUUUCCUAAUAACGAUUUACACGUAAGUAACAUAAAAUUUCAAACCCUAUCAUCAAGCAUACGUGUAAAGGUGCACUUGCUCAUUCUGUUCACCAAUUUGAUCCUAAUUUUUGACCUUCUUAAUUCUUGCUUGUACCCAUGGGUGUACCGAUUUAUUUCUUUUCUUCUAAAUGUACUAAACAAUUUUAAUUGUAAAUUUGCCUACUACUUGGAUAAUUCAUCUCUACUGUCCCAUUUUAAUAAAGACAAAUUUUUCCUACUUAAUAAGAACACGUGGAAUCACAAAUUUGUAACAAAGGUGAGUGACGUCAAUCGGGUUAGCACCUCAAACAGUGCAAAUAGCCUAACUGCAAAGGGGUCCUCCAUUUUAAAAAAAUUUGUGCAAAAAAAGGACAAGAAGGAUAACAGAAUUAAUAUAAAUUUCCCCUAUUCGUAUUGCGGCCAUAUUGAAAUCUACGAUAAUGACAAACAGGCGAAUGCGAAGAAACUCUAUUUCCACCACUUUGUUUCUGCUCAAAUUUUGAAAUACUAUUCUGUUCUCUCCCUGCACGAGAUUGAGAAUGCCUAUAAAGGCAUUUUAUCCUGCCUGCUCGGAGAUGUGUACAACAGGACGAUCACCACCAUUUGCAUGCUCAAAAGGGAGGGAAGCCACUACUCCGCUUCUCCCCCAAGUAGGAACAACGCCCACUUUAAAAAUAAGUACUUAAAAAACAACCACGUCGAUUUGUAUAGCCUAAUUGGAGAACUCACCAAAUUGAGAUGCAACAAUGGAAGUGAAGAGGUAGUUAUAAAUGCCCUGCGGUAUCUUUAUCUGUUCGUUCUGUUUAAUUAUAUUACAAUUUUGGCGACUUUUUCGAUCGUUCAUGAGGUAUUUGAGGAAGGCGACAAAGUUUUGCCCUCUGCCCAGGGGGAGGAAGUCCAUGCGGAUAACUGCUUCGAUGGAAGGAACAGUCACGUGGAUGGAUGGCGAGAGGCCGCCGGUAAGGGGAAAGAUGGGGAGGCUCCACAACGCAGGGAUGAGACCAAUCUCAUCAACCAAAUUAACUCGUUCGUAAGGGAGAACCACGUAAGGCUAGAACUGCAAGAAUUUUGCAAAAGCACCCAAGUGUCAGAGAGAGUGAAAACGAAUUCAUAUUUCGGGGGGAGCCUAAUUACUUUGCCGUUUUAUGUCAACCUGGGCGGGUGUCAGGUGGUAGGCCGGGUUGGAAAAGUGGAGAAAUUGAAUCGGGCCAGCGAUGCUGAAGGUGGGGGCGCUGAUUCACCCGCUGACUGGCCCGUUAGUUACCACGAAGAAAUGCCCGGGGGAGAGUGCCCCCCCGAGGGGGAAACAACGGGGCAAACAAAAACAAUCCCCAUCGCGCACAAGUGCAAAAGGGCAAUACAAAAAAGGGUAACAAAAUUGCUAAGUAGAAAUCCCCAUUUGAUGUUCCAUUUCAGUGGGCAUGCCCCCCUCUUCGCAAGCACCCUAGUUGAUAUGCUAAAAAAGAAUAACUAUUUUUUGUACCAAAAUGAUAGCUACCGCUUUGCCGUCAGCGUCAAUUACCUUUACAUGCUCUACGAAGAAGUGAAUGAAGAUGUCAUUCGAGAUCUGUACGACAAAGUUACCCUAGUUAUCAAAAAUGGGUUCUACACACAUAUUAGUAAAAUAAUCAUAAUAUAUAUUUUUUCCUUUUUUUUAAACAAAAAAUACGUUUUGAAUUUAUGCGAAAAGGACAUUAAUCAGUUUUUUCCUUCUUUUUCCGAUUCGAAAGAUUUAGCAAUUGUCAAAUAUUAUUUUGUUCUGAAAUUUGUGCAGCAUAGGCCUAUACCUAUCAAGCUGGAAGAGGUGCACAAAAAUUUGUAUACCUAUCAUAACUAUGUAGUCGUGGGGGAGGCUACUAAGAAUGGAAACCCCUGGGGUGGUGAACUCCCCCUUUGGAGGGACCACUCCUUAGGAAAGAUGCCCUCACAAGAUCCAUCAUGCAAAUGCAUUCAAAAAGUAAAAAAUGAAAGCACCGCAUUGGGGGGAGAAGAAUGUAGUGCCCGUGGAAAGAAUCGCCCCCUCAAUGCACAAUCACAAUGUUGUAAAAAACAAAUUAGGCAAAACUCCCCUUUAGAGAAAAGGUCCAAUUGGGUAUGCACCAAUCAGUGGGCACGCGACUGCAACGCAUGCGGGGAGAAAUUGCAAAAGACGAGGUUGCGCUUGAAGUGCGACCCCAGAGAAGGCGUUUCACAGUUGGGCUUGGCUAGUAGCAGAGAAGAAGAAAAAAACGCUAGUGGGAGAAGCCUGCAGUGUUAUAUAAACUCUCUUUACCGCAAAAGAGCGAAUGUGAAGCACGCCAAAGGAGCCAAACAUAGAAUCAGCAGUGAAAACCCAUUGGAGGAAGACCCCUCCGGGUACACCCCAUCAGAAAAGAACAAUUCAAUUCAUGAGAAAAAAAUAUACUUUCUUAUAUUCGCGUACCAUCUCUUAAAAUGCGGUAGUCAAUCUAGGCAGUCGAAGGAAAGGCUAAAGAAGGAACUGCUCCGUAUGCUACUCUCCAACAUGAGCUCAGUUCACGUAAUCCAUUUUAUGUUACAUUAUUUGCAUGAGAAAAAAGAUUUAAAAUUAUUCUGCGCUAUCCAAAAUGGGGUGAUAAAUCGUUUAGUGAAAAUGAAGCCAAGUUAUAAGCUCAUCAAUUUUUUGGCAUUCUUCUUCUACCUCGUAAAAAUCAAAUAUACAAAUGUUAAGGCACUUAUGAAGAUGCUCAGCAAAGUGUUGGCAAAAUAUAAAUUCAGUUUGAAGGUUUAUAUGGUUAUCUUUAAAAUUAUAAAAGUGGUUUUACACCGUCAUGAAGGUUCGGAUAGCUUCCCAUUCAUUCUUUCCAUUUUGAGGCACAUCAAAGAAAGUAAUUAUGAGUAUUUACACACCACGUGCAUGUACUACAUGAAUAUAAUUCAGAAUAAAAUUUCCAUCCUAGAGUGCGCUAAAUUGGGGAAGAAGUGUCGAGAUUACAGCUGCGAUCUGACCGGGGCAGAUGUCAACCCUGUGGGUGACGACCCAGAAAUGACCCAAAGGAUCAACAGCAUAAACGUAAAAUAUGCAAAAAAAAAUGACACAUCGAAUUUUAUUCAAUUAAAAAUUUACAAAUUAGACAGAAGAAAGGUGCUAUCUCUGAAGGAUAACGGAUCGACCAUUUUUUACUCUCAACGUGGUGCAAGAAAUUCAGAGGGGGAACAUAUCGGCGCACGUGCCUUCCCCUCCAGUCAUUACUAUAACGGCAACGAUUUUAGCGCGCUCUCCUUUUACAGCAUCUAUAGGGACGACUCGUAUAGCUUAAAAAAUUACUGCACCUACAUUGCUAGUGCGGAGCAGUGCAUCUACUUUCCAUUCCUUUUGAGGUACUCGCGCGGUGUAGAAGCAGCCGCGGGGAGAGGCACAGCCCCUGGGAGGAAAAGCGGCACAACCCGUGGGAAGAAAGGCGGUAUGGCCCCCGCGAACGUUACCAGCGCAACACCCACUAACCUACGCCGCAUAACCGCACGUAAAGGAAAGCACAAACAGUACAGUAAACGGGGAACACCACAUGGGGAGCCACUUUGGAAUCCAAACGAAACACUCUUCUGCCUGAACGUCUGCUUCGUGCACAAGGGGGAUUUCGUGAAAAUACAUAACGUGUACCUUCCGUACAUACAAUUAGGUCGCGAGGGUCCCCCUAUAACAUACGACUCCUCUGAAAAGGAGAAACAGGAUGCACGGGCGGAGUGGGAUCACCGUGAUGAACACACGAGGGAGGAUGCCCCGUUGUUCCGAAGGCUACCCGGAAGGAGGAAAAUCUUGUCACUGAAAAAAAAACACUUUUUUAUCGUCCGGUAUAGCGGUGCACUGUACAGGGGAAAGGUAAAACACACGAUGAAGGUGCUAAUUAGGAGGAUAGAGCAAGGAAGGGGAUCCGUACAGGGGGAACUCUCCACAUGGCGGUCGGAGGGGCACCCCCCAAACGGUGCACGAACCAAGCCAGGACAUCGAAAGAAGAAGAAGCACGCGGCAGCUUACAAAACGCAUGGCACCCAUUUUGCAGACCUAAAAAGAAACCUAAUAAAAAAGGAAGCAUAUAAAAUAAAUUGCAUGUUAAAAGGAAGUCCAUUUUUAAAGAGAGCAAAGUGCCACAUGGGGGGGAAUAGUGGAAGAGCCAAACUAUGCAAAAACGAGAGAGCAGAAAAAACGACCAGUUCGUACAAACUGUUAAUCAAAAUAGGAGUCAAAUUACUAAUUAAGAGCAAGUUCUAUGCAUACAUCGUAUACCUAAAUAGGGAAAAAAAAACCUUCAAAAGAUUUCUAGGAAAAUAUAAUUUAAAUUUUGCGGAUUUCUUCCAACCAUUUAGAGCCAGCAUUCAUUUCUGGAAAAACAUUUUUGAAGAUGUGUGGAAUGGAAAAAUUGGGAAAAUGUAUAAGUCCGCGAAAUAUUUGAACAUGACAGCGGAUAAGGUUCUCCGAGUGAUUAAGAAAAAGCUACACCCAUUUGUGGUUCAAGAAAAUGUUAAUGUAAAAAAUUGGAAUGUCUAUAAUUUCCCCCAGUAUGAAAUGCACGUAGGGAGGAACUACUGCCUGAAUGAUAAAUACUAUUAUGCUUAUGGGAAAAAAAACAAAAAAAUUAAUAACCCCAUUUUUGAUGAGUUCUACAUUGAUAACUAUCCUCUCGGUUCGAGUGAAACCGAUGGGACGACCAGCUCGACAAUGAGUCGAAAGGAAGCAUACGAUCUUAAGGGCGAUAGGACAACCAGAAAAAGGGAAACACAUUACCUCAGGUAUAAGCCUAAAUUUAUGAGUACCCUUGCGCGGGGUGCUUUAAUGCAUUCUGCCCAUGACGACCAUGUGGAUGUAGCAACUAUGGAAAAAGGAGAUAAGCGAAGCGCAAAAGGGGAUAGUACCAAAAAGGGGGCUCUCCUAAAAAGGCACAACAGUACGCGUGCUACACCUUUUACUCGACGCGUAAGACGUAUAUUUCAUCUGAACGCUAAUCGUGUGAUUGGGGAAAAGGCCAAGUGCGGGAAAAGAAUUACCCCAACGGGUGGGGACAUCGCGGCGCGGAAAAUAGUUCAAAAAGGCCACGCGCAAAAUGGUGCCCAUUCGAAAUGUAAAAUAAAUCGUUAUUUGUCGGGGGAAGGGCAAGGCAAACAACGUAAGGCCAGCCCUAGGAGUAGCACAAACCGAGACGUGAUUAAAAAAUUCGUGGGGAUUUUCUUGCCACCGAAGCAUCACCUACUCAUGGUCUUUCACGUCCACGAGUGGUCCACCGCGGUUCAGAUACGCACAGAUAACUUAAACGCCCUCAACUAUGUGAACCCGUUUUUCGACGAAUGUACGGCUGCGUGCUGA